UUGAAUCUGACUUCCGGCUCUCACAAUUGAAGUUUUUGAUAUUUUUGAUAACUAAAUCCCACAAAAUUUAUCUCCCCCGCCGCACAUCCGGGUCAUGGAGAAGCAAGCCAAGCAGCGGUUCAACUUCAGGAAACUUGCAACUAGCAAGAAGCCGGAGGAAGUUACAGUCUUAACGAAGUCGGUCGAUAAUAAAAUUGAUAUCGAUAAGGAACCUGAUCAGCCGAUUGUCUAUGAUUAUAUGAAAUAUCCUGCAAACAAGAAGAAGAACGCCAAGCAAAGCAAGUGCCCAAAGAUCCAGAAGACUGUCACCUUCAAGACGAUGGUGGAGCUGGUGACCUACACGGACAACUGGAAGAUGAAGAUGAUCCAUGGCAAGUUGCGCACAGAAGAGGAGCAGCGCAAAUCCUCCCUUAAGCGACGUAACUUUUAAGGACAUUUGGAGAGAGUUGUUUAAAUAGCCCAAAUUAAUAUUGUUUUUUGUUUUGACCAAUUAAUAUAAGUUUUCAGUUAA